AUGUGCCAUCGCCUCUUGGAGAUCCCCGCUGCUCCUAGGAUGACCCCUGGGGGCACUGCCACUGGAAUGUCUGCUGGCGGUGUCACCGCCCCUGGGAGAGCAUCAGGUGGCAAUGCUGACCUUAAGGAAGAUCGCUACGAACAACCCCCUGGGAGUGCCAUCGCUCUGGGCCAGCCCCUGAGGUGCCAUCGCCGCCCGGCUGGGCCCCUUUCGGUGCCAACACACAAGGGAGGGUCCCUGGGGGCGCCGCCAGGGGACCUUCCAGUGGCGGUGUGUCCAGGGGUCAUUCUAGGGACGGAGGGGGGCCCUCAAAGAGGCGGUGGCACCGCCAGGCGAUCUUGCAGGAGCGGUGGUGCCCCCAGGGGCCCUCCCAAGAGCAGAUCCUCCCUCACGGACCCUUCCAGUGGCGGCAAACCCUCCAGGGGCCCUCCCUGCGGUCUCAGCGACCCCAGGAACUCUCCCAGGGGUGUUGGUGCCUCCAGAGGCCUUUCCAGGGGCGGUGGCACCCAAAGGGGCCCAACCAGGGGCGAUGGCGACCCCAGGGGCUGUCCCAAGGCGACAGCGUUCGCAGGGGCUGUCCCAGGGCGACAGCGUUUCCAGGGGCUUGAUCGUGAUGUUGUAAAAAUUGCUACGUCCAGCAAUCCGCCCACUUAA